CAAAAGAACUAUCCGGAAGGAGACUUUGUCUUUCCUGUAACCAGAAGCAGCUUCCUCCAGACCCUGCCGGAGCCCCAGCUCUGAUCAACCCAUCUGUUAGCAAUGAAUGCUUCAUGCUGCCUGCUCUCUGCUCAGCCAGCACUGCCUAAUGGCACAGGGCACCUUGCAGCCCCUUCCUUCAGCAAUCAGAGCAGCAGUGGGUUCUGUGAGCAGGUCUUCAUCAAGCCUGAGGUCUUCCUGGCUCUGGGUGUCAUCAGCCUGCUCGAAAACAUCCUGGUCAUCCUGGCUGUGGUCAGGAACGGCAACCUGCACUCCCCCAUGUACUUUUUCCUCUGCAGCCUGGCAGUGGCCGACAUGCUGGUGAGUGUGUCCAAUGCCCUGGAGACCAUCAUGAUCGCCAUCAUCAACAGCAACUACCUGACCUUCGAGGACCAGUUUAUCCAGCACAUGGACAACAUCUUUGACUCCAUGAUCUGCAUCUCCCUGGUGGCCUCCAUCUGCAACCUCUUGGCCAUUGCCAUCGACAGGUACGUCACCAUCUUCUAUGCGCUCCGCUACCACAGCAUCAUGACCGUGAGGAAGGCCCUCACCUUGAUCGUGGCCAUCUGGGUCUGCUGCGGGGUCUGCGGUGUGGUGUUCAUUGUCUACUCCGAGAGCAAGAUGGUCAUCGUGUGCCUCAUCACCAUGUUCUUCGCCAUGAUGCUCCUCAUGGGCACCCUGUACGUGCACAUGUUCCUCUUCGCCCGGCUGCAUGUCAAGCGCAUUGCAGCACUGCCACCUGCUGACGGGGUGGCCCCGCAGCAGCACUCGUGCAUGAAGGGGGCCAUCACCAUCACCAUCCUGCUGGGGGUGUUCAUCUUCUGCUGGGCCCCCUUCUUCCUGCACCUGGUGCUCAUCAUCUCCUGCCCCACCAACCCUUACUGCAUCUGCUACACCGCCCACUUCAACACCUACCUCGUCCUCAUCAUGUGCAACUCCGUCAUCGACCCCCUCAUUUAUGCCUUCCGCAGCCUGGAGUUGCGCAACACCUUUAAGGAGAUUCUCUGUGGCUGCAGUGGCAUGAACUUGGGCUAG